AGUAACCUCGUGCUUGCUUGUAAAAAAGACUUGAUUGUAUAGGUUAGAGUGUGUUGAAUUGUUUGUAAAUUAUAUAUUUCACAAGUAAACUUAAAUUUUCCAUAAAAAAAUAAAUCUCUCUGUCAUUACACCGAUAUAAAUUUAUCUUGAAUCCAAUCAUGGCGGUUCGUGUACAAUUCGAAAAUAAUAAUGAAAUUGGUGUAUUUUCUAAAUUGACGAAUUCUUAUUGUCUAGUUGCAAUUGGUGGUUCUGAAAAUUUUUAUAGUGUAUUUGAAGCUGAACUUGCUGAUACAAUCCCUGUAGUACACGCGUCAAUAGCAGGAUGUCGUAUUAUUGGACGAUUAACCGUUGGAAACAAAAAUGGAUUAUUAGUACCAAAUACAACCACGGAUACAGAAUUGCAACACAUAAGAAAUUCUUUACCAGACAGUGUUAAAGUACAAAGGGUUGAAGAAAGACUUUCAGCUUUGGGAAAUGUUGUUGCUUGUAAUGAUUAUGUUGCCUUGGUUCACCCUGAUCUUGAUAGGGAAACUGAAGAAAUUUUAGCAGAUACUUUGAAUGUUGAAGUUUUUCGACAAACAGUAGCAAGUAAUGUUCUUAUUGGAUCAUACUCAGUUUUAUCUAAUCAAGGUGGUUUAGUACAUCCAAAAACUUCAAUUCAGGAUCAGGAUGAGUUAUCAUCCCUGUUACAAGUACCCCUCGUUGCAGGUACAGUCAAUAGAGGCAGCGAUGUUAUUGCUGCAGGCAUGGUUGUAAACGAUUGGGUCUCUUUUUGUGGGAUGGAAACAACUUCAACCGAACUUUCUGUCAUAGAAAGUGUUUUUAAACUUUCCGAAUGUGUUCCAGCUAAUAUUACAUCGACUAUGCGUGCAUCUCUUAUAGAAAGUAUGUCUUAAAAAAAAUUCUACAACUUCGAUACAAAACGCAAAUGAAACAAUUUAAAAAAAAUCAAUCCAUGAUAGACGAAAUAAGUGUACAUAUUCAUAGAACCAAUGUUACGUGGAUUACAAAUGCACAAUAUGAUUGAUGCAAUGCUUCUCAUUUUUUUUUUUUUGAGUACUAUCUUAUAAUUCCAACUAAAAAAAAAACCUUUCAAUGUAUUAACACGUUUCUAUAGAUUAAAAUUUAUACGAUUUCCCACUA